UCGGAAUGACUAGCUGCUAACGUUACGGUAUAAAUGCUUGUGAGGGCGCUGUAGGGUCAAUUAUUUCUGUAGAAUAUUAGGCAGUGUUUCAGUUUAUACAAUAAUACAAUAGUUACGCAACUUUGGUUCCAAGUGUCUCAAUAAAAACAAUGACUUGAAAUGUGCAUUUCCAUAUGAGGCUAAUAGAUAUGUGGUCUAUGGCUACGCAAUAUGGGUGCAUUUAUCGCAUUCUAACAAUCACAUGCGGCAACAUAACUCUUGAUUGACACUUGACUCAUGCUAUGGUAAACGGCGACUUCAGUCGCCAAUAAACCCAUCCAAUCAUAUUUUCCCUUUGGUCCAAAUGAACGUGUCAGCUCCUGUCCACACAUGAUUAGGCAAAAAGGAGGACAGACAGACUCAUCCUUGUAGGAAGGGGGCGGGUCAAAUCGAUCUUAUUUAAACCACAGGUGAUUGAGAUUGUAUAAUUGCGCACCUGGAUUAGAAACCUUAAAGUGAGGUGUUUAGGGGACCGUUUGUUGCAUGUUGAAAAUUGCUCAGAACAACUAAUAAUAUUUUGACCUAGGAGAAAAUAUGAGCGGCGGAGGAGGUACGCCUUACAUUGGCAGUAAAAUCAGUUUAAUAUCCAAAGCCCAGAUUCGUUAUGAGGGCAUUUUGUCCUCCGUCGACACGGACAAGUCAACAGUGGCUUUAGCGAAAGUCAAAUCAUAUGGGACUGAAGGGCGUCACACGGACAGACCAAUUCCCCCCAAAGAUGACGUUUAUGAAUACAUAAUCUUCCGGGGCAGUGACAUCAAAGAUAUAACCGUGUCUGAACCGCCGAAGCAACACCAUGGCUUGCCUCCUGACCCUGCUAUUGUUCAAUCAUCUGUCGGCGGAUCAUCUGGUGCGUACAAUCCACGCUGGAGUCAAUACAGGGACAUGAUGCCCUCCUACAACCAGCUGGCUGCUAGCUCUCUACUCAACCAGCAGUAUGCAGCUGCCCUGGGACUAGCACCAGGAUUUCAGGGCCUCCCAUCCAGAAGAGGCCCAAUGGUAGAACAGGCUGUUCAGACUCUUCCGAUGGCCAGCGCAGCCCAGAAAAGGGCUCAGCCGGCCAACCAGCCGCAGGCCAGACAGCCAGUUCGUCCCUCGCCGCGGCCCGGCCGAGAUGGACCCCAGCCACUGAGGAGGAAUGCUCCCAGCAGUCAAGUAGCGCCACCGACCGAUGCAAACAGGGUUAAAGAACAAACCAAUGAUGAAAAUCAAAGGCCAAGAAGAAAACAAGGAAGCCGCAGGUCCAGGAACAGGGGCCGAGGCCAGCUGCUUGUGAAGAACUCAAAGCCUUCCACCUUGCAGUUUGAGUCGGAUUUUGACUUUGAAACUGCCAAUGCUGAGUUCAACAAAAAUGAGAUCGUAAAGGAGGCUUCAGAUUGGGAGGAGAAGGUGGAACCUGGUGUGGAGGUCCAGGAGAACCAGAGCCCCGAGAGUUCCCCUGUGGAGAAGUGCUACGACAAGGCAAAGUGCUUCUUUGACAACAUCUCCUCAGACCUCAAACCCCGGACCACCUGGGCGGAGGAGAAGAAGCUGAACAUUGAGACCUUUGGCGUUCCUGGGCGCUUCCUGAGGGGCCGGGGGUUCAGAGGGUACCGCGCCCGCAGAGGCCAGUCUGGCACGGAGCAGCCUGCCCCGCCUAAAGUGGGCAGUGGAAGAGUGUGAAUAAUUUUAUUUAUUUAAUGAUCUUUUUUGUAAAUGGGCCACGAGUAGUUCAAUAGUCUAACAUUAUUGAGGAGAAGAAUCCAGUUUUCAUUUGAGUAUCUUUUUGUCUUGGUUUUUCUGUUGAACCCAAUGUGGUUUUUGGGACUAAUUUGUAUUAAUGGAGAAUAAUUUGACUCCAGAUCAAUGUAAUUAAGUUUCUGACACUGGAACAGAAAAAUAAAUCAGGCCUGAAGGCAUGCCGUUUAUUUAUGCCAAUUAUUUAUAUAGCAUGUCUGUCUUAAUGUGAACUCUUCAAAACUGUUUUAGAAGGGAUUUCCCACUAGUUGAACACGAUUUGUACUUUAAUUUUUUUUUUUUGUUUUCAUCUUGGAGAAUUGAGAUGGUGGAAAUGUGUUCUGAAACAGUUCAUUAUUAAAUGACCGUAUAUGACAA